AUGCCUGAUGUACUUCGUUCUUUUCAAGACAUCGAGUUUCUUCGAAAUCGCUUGGGGGCACUGCGUCAAGAAUUUGAAGGUCGAUCCAACAAUAUGCAAGAUGACAACUGUGAAGAGGAAUACAACUUGCGCAGUCGCCUAGAAAAUACAAAUGAAGGACGAGGACGGCGAAGGGUUGAGAUUGCACAAUCCCAGCUUGAAGCAUUACACAAUGCAGGAGGCUUUCGUUGGAAUGAUGCUGCGCGUAUGUUACAAGUUUCAAGCAGAACCUUGGGCCGACGAAGACACGAAUUGGGCAUGAGGGUUGAAGGAAGAGAGUUCUCUGAUAUAAGUGAUAUCCAACUUGACAAUGUUGUUCGAGAAGUGCUGCAGUCUACUCCGUCUGCAAUAUUAAGGCUUGUUCAAGGAUCACUUAGACACAUACCUAAUUUUAGUGUGCAGUGAUAACCAAUUUGUGCAGUGAUAAAACUAAAAUGUGCAGUGAUAAAAUGUAAAAUGUGCAGUGAUAAAAUUUGCUGUGAUAAGUUGUUAAUUAACAAUUAACACGAAAAUCAGGCAAUGACAGAAGAACUCAGCUAAAAAUUCGUCUUGACACUCCUUGACAGUAUUAAUCUAAACAUUUUAAAUGAGAAUAAUUUGAAUGAAAUUGAAAUGAUAGCUGACAAAUUAUCGAACGUGCACUAAUAUUAUACUACUCCAGGUUUAUCAGAUGUCGAACAAAGUCUCGCACCAAAGGUCCCUUUAUGAGCCUGGAUGAUAAAGUGAAUGAUACUUAUCGUUUUGUCAUUAGUGUGUAAUCUUCAGAAUUCUAUAGAAUGUCUCCGCACAUUGCAUAAAAUUCCCUUUUAGAGAGCAUAGAUUACAAAAUUUUCUGUGGGUGCAUGCCCUUGGAAUUCCUCUAGAGGUUUGUCAGUCCUAAGCUGUCUAAGCUGCCUCUCAUUUGCCAAUACGAAAAUAUUUCUUUCUUGCAAGUAUGUGAUUAUGAAACUAUGCCGUCACAGAUAGUUGAAUCUAUAGGUGCUGUCAAAGGGGGCAAUUUUUCCUUGGGCCUUAGUUAAAGGGGGGCCGAAAUAAAGAAUUAAGUAAAAUAUAGUAUACACAUAUAUAUAACUGUCAAAGGACUUCCAGAAUGCAGGAUUUGGCCAUUUCUGGGACCUCAGAUUAUAAAAUUUCCCUGGUCCCUGGGGAGAAUGCCCGGGACCCCCUAAUGAUAGUGUUAGAAGAUGGAAUCACGUGGGGCACCAAGUAAAAUUUGGCCAUGGGUACGCAAAUGUCCCUGGGCAUGCCUGAGUGUUGUGCAGUGUAUGUUGGUUUUUGGCAUUUUUGAAUAUUAAUUGUAGCCUGUUUUGUGCAUAGUUACACAUUAUAAAGUGUGUUCAGAAAUUUUUAGGGCGUGCUUCUGCUCGGCUAAACUUUGCGCAAAAAUGUGCAGUGAUAAAAAAUUCUUAAAAUUAGGUAUGCUUAGACAGCAAAGCCUUGUUGUUCAAAGAUUAAGGGUACUUUAAUCGUUAAGGAGAGUAGAUCCAGUCGCUUCUACUUUACAAAAUGCAAGGCAAAUAAUCCGAAGAAAGUAUAACGUCAAAGCUCCCAAUUCAUUGUGGCAAGUAUAAUUUCUUUAUUCAUACUUUUACUGUAAUAGUUGGUUAGAGCUUUUGUUUGGGAUUGCAAAUAUAUAUGGUUCCACCCCACCCCUUACCAUCUAAGAAAUUGUAUUUUUGAAAAAUCUGACAAGAUCAGCCUGUUGACAUAUACUGUACAGUAGGACGCUGCACUUAGUGAUGGUUCACCAUGUUGCAAUUAUAAGUAAGCAAUUACUAUUGUCAUGAAAGAAACUGUUUUAUGUUAAAUGUGGGUACGCCAAAACUUUGUUACACACUCAAGCAACAGCAAAGUUUUGAUACAGUGUCUGCACAAGAACUUAAGCUAAAAAUGUUGGAUAUUUUAUUCUAGGCACAUAGAUGGAAACCACAAACUAAUUCAACCAUACAGAAUAGUUAUCAAAGGAGGUAUUGAUGGCUAUUCACGUUUAGUUGCUUUCUUGCAAGCAUCGACCAACAACGCCGCUGCGACUGUGUUGAAUCUAUUUCAUUCAGCAGUUGAGAGGUACAACCUACCAUCUCGGGUUCGUUCUGAUCUUGGUUUGGAAAACAUUGAAGUGGGAAGAUAUAUGCUUGAACAAAGGGGGAUUAAUCGUGGAAGUAUCAUUACAGGCACAUCUGUUCAUAACCAACGCAUUGAGCAACUUUGGCGUGACGUCAAUAGAGUUAUUGUUUCUCUUUUUCUGAAUAUUUUUUUAUAUCUCGUGGGGAAUAAUAUGCUAGAUCCAUCGAAUAAAAUGCACUUGUUUGUCCUUCAAUUUGUAUAUCUAGACUUAAUUAACAGUGCAUUGGAUCAAUUUCGUUCACAGUGGAACAAUCAUCCAGUGUCAACUGAAUGCAAGUUUUCAUCACAGCAGUUGUGGAUCAGGGGUAUGAUAACUCAGAGAAGUUCAUCAUCUACCGCGCAGUACAAGAUGUAGUGCAUCCUUCAAUUUUAGGCAUUGAUGAAGAUGGUCCUGUCCCAGAACAACAACAAAACUACCAAGUUUUGGUUCCUCAGUAUUCAAUUAACAUUACAGAUGAGCAAUUACAUCAUAUUAGAAGAGAAAUUCAGGCAGUGAGCGACAAUAAUGGAAUCACGCAAUAUAUUACAGCUCUUAACAUAGUAAGCUCUAUUCUUUAA